AUGACCAGAACUUCAGUACUCGCAGAUGCGUUGAACUCCAUUAACAAUGCCGAAAAGACCGGUAAGCGUCAAGUCUUGAUUAGACCAUCAUCCAAGGUCAUCAUUAAAUUCUUGACUGUUAUGCAAAAGCACGGCUACAUUGGUGAAUUCGAAUAUAUUGACGACCACAGAUCAGGAAAGAUCGUCGUUCAGUUGAAUGGUAGAUUAAACAAAUGUGGUGUUAUUUCCCCAAGAUUUAACGUCAAAAUUGGUGACAUCGAGAGAUGGACUGAUAACUUGUUACCAGCCAGACAGUUCGGUUACGUUAUCUUGACCACAUCCGCUGGUAUCAUGGACCACGAGGAGGCCAGAAGAAAGCAUGUAUCUGGUAAGAUUUUGGGAUUCGUUUACUAG